AAAGCACAGACUGCAGUAGGUUGAAAUGAUCUUAGACUAUUCUUCAGAAGCCCAACUUUGAUGCUACCCGUUAAAAUGGUGGCUAAAUCUGCUACAACUUGCAGACAGGGUGGGAGGUAUCCUCAUGUAUCUCAUAAAUCGAAUAAAAUAUCUAAACGAUCAUGUUCUAUGGUUGGAGUUAUCGAUGAAAUGGAACAUUUAGAUAUAUCAAGCCAAAUAUCUCAUAAUGGUGGUUUUUUUGUAAAUAAAGAAUCUUCAGAGGAGCGUGCCAAUGAAGAACACCAAAUGUCAUCUGAUAUAGAUACAACUGCGAGGCAGAACGGUCUUUUAUUCAAUGGUUGUGCAGAUUCAAUAGUAAAAACGGAUUCUUUUCCGGUUUCUGUUUCCGCAAUUUCGAUCAGAUCCAAUGUUCUCUUAUUUUGAUAGGCCUGAUGGUGCCCAUUGUAACCUAUUUGAAGCAGGUAUACACUUCAAACGAUA